AUGAAUCCUGGACCACCAAAUUAUCCGAUGGCAUCGCUAUAUGUCGGGGACUUGCACUCCGACAUCACCGAGGCCAUGUUGUUUGAAAAAUUUUCUCCUGCUGGUCCUGUUCUCUCUAUUCGCGUAUGCAGAGAUAUGAUAACUCGUAGGUCUCUUGGGUACGCUUACGUAAAUUUUCAGCAGCCUUCUGAUGCCGAAAGAGCAUUAGACACUAUGAAUUUUGAUAUGAUCAAAGGUAGGCCAAUCAGAAUUAUGUGGUCCCAAAGAGAUCCAUCCCUCCGAAAAUCUGGAGUUGGAAAUGUUUUCAUUAAAAAUCUUGACAAAGAAAUAGAUAACAAGGCCAUGUAUGAUACAUUCUCUGCUUUUGGCAAUAUAUUGAGUUGUAAGGUAGCUCAAGAUGAAAAUGGGGCAUCUAAGGGAUAUGGUUUUGUCCACUUUGAAACAGAAGAAGCUGCUAAUAAAUCCAUUGAGAAAGUAAAUGGUAUGUUGCUUAAUGGGAAAAAGGUUUACGUAGGCAGAUUUAUCCCUCGUAAGGAACGCGAAAAGGAACUGGGAGAGAAAGCUAAAUUGUUCACUAAUGUUUACGUCAAGAACUUCGGCGAAGAUUUCUCGGAUGAAAUGCUUAGAGAUAUGUUUGAAAAAUAUGGCAGAAUAACUAGCCAUAAAGUAAUGUAUAAAGAGGAUGGCUCAUCCAGAGGUUUUGGUUUCGUAGCCUUUGAAGAUCCAGAUGCUGCCGAAAGGGCAUGUCUCGAGCUUAAUGGCAAAGAACUUGUUGAAGGAAAACCUCUAUAUGUAGGACGUGCUCAGAAGAAAGCUGAACGCCAAAAAGAACUAAAGCGUAAAUUUGAGCAGUUAAAAACUGAACGUUUGACUCGUUAUCAAGGAGUUAAUCUGUAUGUGAAGAAUUUGGAUGACACGAUUGAUGAUGAGAGACUCCGGAAGGAAUUCGCGCCAUUUGGUACUAUUACUUCAGCCAAGGUCAUGUUGGAAGAUGGUCGUAGCAAAGGCUUUGGGUUUGUAUGUUUCUCAUCUCCUGAAGAAGCUACUAAAGCUGUUACUGAAAUGAAUGGAAGAAUUGUAGGAACUAAACCUCUUUAUGUAGCUCUUGCUCAACGGAAAGAAGACCGCAAAGCUCAUUUGACUUCCCAAUACAUGCAACGCAUGGCAAGUAUGAGAAUGCAACAAAUGGGCCAGAUAUUCCAACCAGGCAGCGCUGGGGGCUACUUCGUCCCAACUAUUCCUCCAGCCCAAAGAUUCUAUGGCCCUGCUCAAAUUACUCAGAUGAGACCUUCACAGAGAUGGACUGCACAGCCUCCUGUAAGACCCAGCACUCAAACUGCUGCUUCAGCAUAUCCAAACAUGCAAGCACCAUUUAGACCCACUACACGUGGACCAACUCAAACAGCUUUGCGCACUUCUCUUGGAGCUAGACCUAUAACAGGUCAACAGGGUGUAGCUGCAGCACCAUCCAUUCGUGCACCUCUUGUACCAAGCGGCCGUACUGCUGGCUACAAAUAUACAUCAACUGUGCGCAACCCACCAGCUCCACAGCCAGCUGUUCAUAUCCAGGGUCAAGAGCCAUUGACAGCCUCCAUGUUAGCUGCUGCACCACUUCAAGAACAAAAACAAAUGCUCGGAGAACGUCUCUUCCCUCUCAUUCAGAGAAUGCACCCUGAUCUUGCUGGCAAAAUUACUGGAAUGCUUCUAGAAAUAGAUAAUUCUGAACUUUUACAUAUGUUAGAGCAUGGAGAGUCUCUUAAAGCGAAGGUUGAUGAGGCUGUUGCUGUUUUGCAAGCUCACCAAGCUAAACAGCAAGCCACUAAGAAAGAUUAA